UACUCAUUUCACUGAGAAGAACUUCAAUGAUUGGCUUAAACACAUAGGUUGUCGUCAUCUGUACACAGCACCACGUCAUCCUCAGUCUAACGGUUUGGCAGAAAAUUUCGUACGAACGUUAUAGAGUGCCAUAGCAUCAAUGAGUCCUAAGAAUUUUGAUGAGCUAGAGAGAUGUGUAGAUAACUUCCUACUUCAAUAUCGCAAUGUGGAGUAUACAAGUACCCAUGAAAUUCCUGCUAAACUAUUCAAAUCUCGAAUUCUCAGAAAGCACCUAAUGUCCACGACUUCUGAUGUACAUUAUUACAGAGGGAAUGACUAUAGACCUUCUGUUGGAAUCAUACUACAAAAACUGGGAAAUCGAAUGGUGAAAAUAUUAGACAUCGAAGAUCAUUCAAUUCAUAACAGACACCUGGACCAAGUGAAAAUAAAUGAAGUAGGUCGUCCUGAUUAUAAUUUUAAUGAUUCCGUUACUAAUCCUGAUUUUGUAGAUAAUUCAGAAAUAAGUCCAGAUGAUAUUGAUGAAAAUAAUAUCACAGAAUCAGUUAGAAGAUCCCAGAGACUUGCAAGCAAACCGAGACCUCAUUAUAGAUACGCAAGGAGACAUUCGACAUGUGGCGGAUUUGGUGAUUGACAAUUUCUAUCUCUGUAAUGUUUAAAGGAUUGCUGUUGUUUGUUAACAUAUUUAUUAUAUGAUUUGAAUAAUAAUUCCGCCAAAUACAAAUUCCUAAAUCCA